GACUCGCUCAGACAAGACAGAUCAUCAGAUCUACAUCGACUUUCGCUGGGUACACUCGUGAGUACGAAAUCGAGAAGACAAUGUUGAACGUUCCAGAUUACGUGUUGGAGGAGGAAGAGACCAUCCGCAUGGAUAAUGAGGUUUCAGUUGAUGAAGAGGGAGAGCUGAGGUGCAGCGACUUCGAGGUGCCUCUGUUCACCUCAGAGACGUUCAUCGACUUGUUUUUGUUACAUCUCAAGAACUUAACCCAAGAGCAGUGGGAUUACUUGGCUUUCGGCAAAAUCGACACGGCCACAGUUUUAAUCCUGACCAACCUGUGCAACGACAUCGUUGAGAAUGUCACUAUGGAGGUUUUGGAGGAGAUUGAGCCACAAUACAACUCAGCCAACACUUCUGUCACAAUGAAUGACUCUGAGCUGCCACAGAGGGAACGUAACCUUUGUUCCGUGACAAGAGAGGACAUUGAAGCAAGCCUGGGAGAUUCCCUAAACCAGUGUUUUGCUGAAGUGAUGAACGUUUCAGAGAAGAAAUCAGACUACUCUGAACAGCUGCGAAUGCUGGUUGCAGGAGAGGUGGCCAUAAAUAUCAACUGCAGACUGGCUGCGCAGUUAACCUCUUCCGAACAAACAGAGGAAUUUGUCGAGAUUGAGACACCUCUGGCAAUCGAAAUGGUUAGAAACAUCUCCAAGAUCUUUACUCAGAACCUGCUCAGGAAGAACUCUUCUGAGACCUCUGAGGAGGAGUACCUGGAUAGUGAUUUUUCACGUUCAUCCUAUCAAGAUGGCAUCACUACCUUAACCUCUGAGUAUUCAGACCUCGCCAGCUCUCUGCUCCCAAUGCCUCCAACAAGCAUCCAAGAGAAGUUUUCGAAAGGAGAGAAGAGCUUCCUUGCUGUGCUGCUUGCUAAGGUUCUGGACCACGUCACUGAGUCCACAAAGACUUCGAUUUUGGCCUUGGACUUUGACGGAAUUUUGAAUAACCUAAUUGAGACUGUUGAGGAAGCAAGUUUUCCAGCAACUUGUGGAAAGCUCCACCUUUCUAUGUAUGACAAUCUUCGUAAGGAAUUUGGGUCUGCAAAACUGUUGCAGGCUGCAAUCAUGUCCGAGGAUCUGGCAUUUGCAGAAGCUUUUGCAAGAGAGCUGAAGACACAGCUGGAGAAGACUUCCAGAAAAUCCCCAAGCUUUUUUACCAAACUGAAGAGUUUUUUCACAAGAAAAAACAACAAAGUUGCUCCGGCCGUGAGGAUGAUAUAGUGGAACAUGGAUCAACACCCCCCAAAGCAAGAGAAACUUAAUUUUUUUUCUUUUUUUUUUCUUUCUUUCUUUAUUUUUUUUCUCUUUUUUUCUUUCUUUCUUAUAAGACUCACUGAGUACACUCGUGAGUACAAAAUUGAGAAGACAAUGUUGAACGUACCAGAUUACGUAUUGGUGGAGGAAGAGACCAUCCGCAUGGAUAACAAGGCAGUGGGAUUACUUGGCUUUCAGCAAAAUCGACACGGCCACAUUUUUAAUCCUGACUAACCUGUGCAACGACAUCAUUGAGAAUGUCACUAUGGAGGUUUUGGAGGAGGUUGAGCCACAAUACAACUCAGCCAACACUCCUGUCACAACGAAUAACUCUGAGCUGCCACAGAGGGAACGUAACCUUUGUUCCGUGACAGAAGAGUACAUUGAAGCAAGCCUGGGAGAUUCCCUAAACCAGUGUUUUGCUGAAGUGAUGAACGUUUCAGAGAAGAAAUCAGACUACUCUGAACAACUGCGAAGGCUGGUUGCAGGAGAGGUGGCCAGAAAACUGCAGACUGGCUGCGCAGUUAACCUCUUCUGAACAAACAGAGGAAUUUGUCGAGAUUGAAACACCUCUGGCAAUCGAAAUGGUUAGAAACAUCUCCAAGAUCUUUACUCAGAACCUGCUCAGGAAGAACUCUUCUGAGACCUCUGAGGAGGAGUACCUGGAUAGUGAUUUUUCAU